UGUUUCUCGAAUCCAGUAAACUAAGAAGUCAAUGUCAAAAUUAAUUACUACAAUUAAGUCAUCCGUUAAACGCCAGCUAUACAAGUUAAUUUUCUAUUAUUAAAAUUUAUAGUUUUUUUAAUCCUUAAUCUUAGCUAGCUCAUGUGGACUAAUGAUUUUAUUAAUUUCAUGGAAUCUAUUGACCUUUCACCUUUCAAGAACUGACUUGUUCUUUGAUAGAUCUAUUGUGGUGUCUAUAUAAAUAAUAUGUACAAAUUUUUUGAUGGUGUAAAAUUGUUGACAGUCGGUAGAAUAAUCUUAAAAUAAUAUGGUUGUUGGGAUGUCAUAAUUGUAUCUUUUCAAUACUACAUUGUUAGAUAGAAUUGAAUCAUUACCAGUUUCUCUCUUCGAUAUCUUGUCUCUCUGCAAUUGUUAUUGUUCCUUCAUAUGAUCUGCAAAAUCUUGUAGCAAGAGCAUAAUUUAUUUCUUCUCUUCUCAUUCUGUCUUUGCAGUUGUUUCAUCAUUUUAUCUUCAUUUCAUCUGCAAAAUCUUGUGGUUAGAGCAUAGUUUCUUUCCCUUCUCUUUGUUAUUUUCUACCUUUGAUUAACACAACCUUGUAGCUGAGAGUGUGUGAGGAUGGCUUAUUCUACUCUUGUUUCCCUUGAGCGCACCAUUGAUCAAUUCCUCAAUCACAAUCAAUUUUCCAUUUCUCCUCCUGAAAAAAAACAUAUUAUAUCUCUAGAUAAAUAUGUCCUUUCACUCGAGCUUUUCUUGAGGAUUUUCCGGAGAAAGCCAAGAGUUUGGAAGCAAGAAUGAGUAAUGUAGCAAUGGAGGCGGAAGAUGUUAUUGAAUUGUAUAUGACGGAAAAAAUCCACUACAAUAUUCGAUAUACCCACUGGGUUGCAGAACUAAGAAGAAUCAAGUUUAUAUUCCAGUUGCGCAGAGUAAGAGAUCAAAUGGAUUCAAUCGCCGGAGAGGUGGUGCAGAUCAAAAAUAGCAUCAUUAUCAAAGAUGCACAACUUGAUGGUUAUGUUGGGGCUAGUUCAUCCUCAUCACAAGGUGCAGAAGCUGGAAAAACCAAUAUGGUUGGCUUGAAAGUUGAUUUGAUGGAAAUAAUGAGUAGGCUUUGUGGAGAUUCGCGAGAACUCCAGAUCCUCCCAAUAACUGGUAUGGGAGGUAUUGGCAAGACCACUCUUGCUAGAAAUUCUUAUGAUCAUCCAUUUUCCAUGGUGCAUUUUCAAAUUCGUGUAUGGGUCACAAUAUCACAAGAUUAUAGUGAACAGAGAAUUCUAUCAAACCUCCUAGAUUCCUUGAAAGAAUUCGACAGAGAAAGGGGUAAUAUAUCCAUGGCAGUAAAAGUGUACCAAAUCCUAGUAGGUAGGAGGUUUCUGAUUGUAAUGGAUGAUAUUUGGAGCGCCAAGGUAUUGGAUGAUAUAAGGAAGUUAUUUCCCGACAACAACAAUGGGAGUCGAAUUUUGUUAACCACAAGGCUGGCAGAUGUUGCUGCUUAUGCCAACUCCUCUAUGCCUUCCCAUGAGUUGCAUUUGAUGGAUUCAGAUCAGAGCUGGAAUCUACUACGAGAAAAGGUGUUCGGACGCCAAGAUUCCGUUGCUCCUGAAUUGGAGACUAUCGGAAGGGAGAUUGCAAGGAGUUGUGGAGGCUUGCCCCUUGCAGUGGUGGUGGUUGCAGGAAUCCUAUCUACGGUGAGUAUGACUCGAACAUUGUGGAAGGAAAUUGCCAAAAAUAUAAAAUCGUAUAUUCUUGCCACAACAGAUGGACAGGUAGAAAAGAUUUUAUCUCUGAGUUACAACCAUUUGCCUCAUCAUUUGAGGCCGUGUUUCUUAUACAUGGGAGGAUUUCCAGAAGAUCACGAGAUCAAAGUCAAGAACCUGAUAAGGUUAUGGAUAGCUGAAGGCUUUGUGAAACGGCCAGUUGCAUCAAAAAGCUUUGAAGAAAUUGCAGAAGAGUAUCUAGAGGAUCUUAUCAGGAGAAGUAUUAUUAUUGUUUCCAAUAAUAAGUCUAAUGGCAAAACAAAAAAUUGCAGGCUUCAUGAUCUGCUACGAGAUUUGUGCACAAAGAAAUCACAGGAAGAAAAGUUUCUUGUCCACGUGAAGGGAAGGAAGCUGCUGACAAGCAUGAAAGAUGAGCGCAGGAUACGCAUCUCUCAAUCUGAUGAAACUGAAUCUUUCGCCAACGUUUUUAGCUCAACCAUCCGUACUAUAUUGUAUUUCAAGUAUGAACUCGUCUCUUUUGGGAGUUUUAGAUUGCUCAGGGUCCUUGAUGUGUUGAGAGUCGGAUUUCAGUCCCGUUUUCUACCUGAUCAAUUUUUCGAGCUAUAUCAUUUGAGGUACCUUGCCUUCUGCUACGUGGGUCAUAUUCCUAGAGCAAUAUCAAACCUUCAGUGUCUUCAAACCUUAAUCGUGAAAAAUACUUUUGAUUUGCCGCGUGAAAUUUGGAAUAUGCCGCAGUUAAGACAUCUCAUUACUCUUGGUUAUUGGUGUGAGUUAGAUGAGCUCAGUAUUGCCACUUUAGCUCUAGAAAAUCUGCAAACACUUGGGACAGUGCGCAAUCUCAAAUGUUCUUUAAGUAUCGUCAACAUGAUACCCAAUCUUAAGAAACUGUCCCUCAUUUGUUCUUGGGAUUUCGAAGCCUUACUUUUACACAAUCUGAUGCAUCUGCGUCGACUUGAAAACUUGAACUUGGUACUUGAAAGUUCGUAUGAAUAUACUGGUGUCCCUAAUCUUGUUCUUCCUAGCUCGCUGAAGAAGUUAGCCCUGAUCGGUUGGGGUCGCAACGGCCAUCACCUCAAGAUUGUCUGCCCGUUGCCGAAUCUUGAAGUGCUCAAACUGAGAAAAUUCGAUUUUAAGGAACAAGAGUGGACAGUUGGUGAUCAUGAUUUCCCAAAGCUGCGAUUUCUACUCAUUGAUGAUUCAAAUCUCAAGCAAUGGAACACUGACGGCAGCCACUUUCCGUUGCUCGAACACCUACUGAUUCAUUAUUGCCGACGUCUGAGGGAAAUUCCAGAUAGUAUGGGAGAAAUUCCGACACUGAAGUUGGUUGAGGUCAAGAGAUGUGAGAAAUCCCUAGCGGACUCUGUCAAAUUAAUACAAGAAGAGCAACAAAAUUAUGGAGAUGAUUUUUUUGAAGUUCGUUGUAUUAACUGUUAGCCUAUCAGAAAUCUGCUUUCCCUCGAUUUUUGACAGAAUGCCCACGAGUUCAACGACAUAGUCGAGGCCUUCGGGUGGGAGGACACAUGGUACGUGGGGCCCGCCCCGCGCACGCAUGUCUACAAGAGGGUCUGGACGGCCAACGAAGGUCCCCUGUCGGAGUUCAUAUACUACCACCAGGAGAUG